AUGGUUGUUCUCUCUGAACUCCUCCCAGAAGGAUCUUCACCUUCUUCAUCAAUUCAUGGUCAUAGUUCAUCAACUGAUGGUUACAGAUAUGAUGUAUUCUUAAGUUUUAGAGGUGUUGACACUCGUUAUAGUUUCACCGAUCACCUUCAUAAGGCCCUCAUUGAUGCCGGUAUCAAUACCUUCUUGGAUGAUGAAGAGAUUGAAACAGGGGAAGAUCUUAAACCGGAAUUGAAGAGUGCAAUUAAGGCAUCUCGGGCUUCAGUUAUCGUUUUGUCCAAAAAUUAUGCUUCUUCAACAUGGUGCCUGGAUGAAUUGGUGUUGAUCCUUGAACAACGUAUGACAUCCAACCAUAUUGUUAUCCCAAUAUUUUAUCAUGUGGAGCCCACACAUGUCAGGAAGCAACAGAGUAGUUUUGGAGAUGCAAUGGCUAAGCAUAAACAGACAAUGGAGGCAGAGACAAAUGCAAAUAAAAGAAGUCAAUGGGCUCAAAAGAUGGACCCAUGGAAUAAAGCACUUAUUGAAGUUGGCAAUUUAAAAGGAAAUGAUGUAAAAGGAAGGCUAGAGACAAAGAUCAUUGAAGAAAUCGUAAAGGACAUCCACCGUAGAUUACAUAUGCAUCAGUUGGUUCAAGAGACGGGAAAAUUUGUAGUACGUCAAGAGUCGGUUAACAAGCCAUGGAAGAGAAGUCGAAUAUGGUGUCAUAAGGAGUCAUUCAAAGUGUUGAAACAAAAAAAGGGUAAGGGAAAUCUUCUAGGCCUUGCCCUUGACAUGCGCAUGCUUGAGAAAGAGAAGUUGGGUGGAUCAUUUGAGCUGAAAACAGAAGCAUUGACAAUCUACAACGACUUGAGAAGAGGCAAAAGUUGGAUGAAUCGUGCUUAAAAGACAAAAAGCUGCUUGGAUCGUUGAAGAUUCUUAAUUUAAGUUUUUGUAAACAACUUCGUAGUCUUUGUGAAUUUGACCAACUUCCUGCACUUGAGAGGUUAAUAGUUAGAAAUUGCAUUGGUUUGUUUGAGGUUUGUGAAUCAAUUGAGCGAUGUGUUGAACUUGUCCUCAUUGAUCUGAGCUACUGCAAAAAGCUUGAAAAACUUCCAAGAAACAUAGGCAUGUUAAAGAAUGUUAAAACAUUGUUGCUGGAUGGUUGUAAUCUCAGUGAUUCUCAAAUCGAGAAUAGGGAUAUGGAUUCACCAGAAAUUUGCAAGGCUAACAACAUGGUCAUAAACAUAAGAACCUCUUUCUCCGCGUUAAUGGGUGCUAUACCAAGUGAUUUGAAGUUUUUUGCAAUAUCUUUACCGAGGUCUUUAGUAACUUUGUCACUGACAAAUAACAAUUUGUCCAAUGAAUCCUUUCCCAUGGACUUCAGUUGCCUAUCCAUGUUAAAGGAGUUAUAUUUAGAUGGCAAUCCUAUCGAUUCCAUGCCUAGUUGUGUGAGAACUCUUCCUAGGCUUGAGAUACUUAGCAUGCAAAACUGUGAAAAAUUGAAGUCAGUUGAGCGUCCUCCACGUACACUAAGCAGGUUGAUGCUCUUUUCUCAUGGGCGUUCUAUAGAUAAAGUUGUAUUUGAUUUGCAAAUGUCCCCACUCAAGUUAUCACCAUUCCGGAUAGCUUGGCCAUUCGAAAUUGAAGGCAUGAUCAAAAUCCAACCAAUGGUAUGUGUUGAGGAAAAGGUAUUACGUAGCUUGGGCUGGACUAAUCUAGAAUUCGUUAACAAAGGGUGCAUGGGAACUACUUCGGAAUUUGAAAUAGAGAUGAUUUAUGAAUUUGGAAUAUUCAGCACAUUGUAUGAGGCGGAGGAGAUGCCUAGUUGGUUUAGGCAUAGAAGCAUGGGGCCAUCAAUAUCAUUUACCAUCCCAUCAUCAUCUCCAAACAACCUCCUUACAGGACUCAACUUCUGCUCUCUGCACACAAUGAAACCUACCAGUGAGUGGCCGUUAUUCCCUGAUGAUGAUCCGUUCCCUUUUUCUCCAAUGAUGACAAUUAGUAAUAUAACAAAGAACCGCAUGUGGAUAUACGAAACAUCGAAAGGACAGAUAUAUUCCAAAUCAAAAGUGUUGGGUGAUGUUAAGUCAUUGGAUGUUUGGGAUGAAUGAGAUGGAUGCUGGUGACCACGUUACUAUUACUGUUACAGAUCACGGUGAUGAACUUACAAAGGAGUGUGGGGUGAGUCUUAUGUACGAUGAUGGAGAGAAGAUAGAUGAAGAAGAAGAUGCAUUGGGUUAUUACAAGUCAUGGAAUCACAUAAUUGGUGGAGAUCUCUCUCCUUUUCAAACAAUGACAGGAGAAUACAUCCUACUCAACAGGCGGUUUUUUAUGUAUGGCAUUUACUUGUCUCCCUAUCAUUGUAAAUUUAUUACAGACGGCCCCGACUAUCAAGUUGACUAUGUCUUUUGAUAUGUUGGACCACAUAAAUAUAUUUAUGCUCAAUACAAGUUGUGUUCAGAACAAAAGAAAGGGUCCUGGUUCAGAGCUUUAUCUCAAAGGAAUCCUGGCAUAAUUGGUAACUCACGUAAGGGUAAUGGGGAAUCUUCAAGGUCUAAUCCUUCAUGUUAAACUGCUUGAGAAAGAGAGGCUGCAUCUAACCGAAAUACUCUAAAUCAAAAUAGAUGCAUCCUAAUUUUCCAGAAGAAUUAAGAUGGUUUACUUGUUGUACCCAUUUAUGUUAUGGGUUUUUAAUUUCAUAUAUUUUUUUAUUUAUCUUUAGUUGUGAAAGAUAGGUGAAAAGAACAUGUAAGGAAUAUGAUUCAAUUCGUCAUGCU